AUGUUUCAUACAUCGUCUGCCUCAAAUUCAUUAAAUUUACCAUCACCACAUUUACAAAAUGCUUUAAAUCAUCAUUUAUAUAUAACAAUAACCAAUGAUUCAUCAUUAUCUGUUCUGUGUUAUGAUACAGUUCUAUGUUAUUUAUCAAAUGUUAUUGAUCAUGGAUCUAUCAAUGAAAUUGAGUGCAAUUUAAAACGUUAUUUUACAUGUGAACAAUUAGAACAAGCGUAUUAUAAUCUACAAAAUUCUCUUCAUUAUUCUCUUUCAAUAUUAAAUUCUAAUAUUGAUAAUCAUAUUAUAGAAAUUUUUGAACAAUGUAUAAAUAAUUUAAUUAAUUCUUCAUGUUUAUUAUUAACUAUUGAAACAAUUUAUUCAAAGAAAUUAUUUUCAUACUUACCAAUAUUUGUUACAAAUGAUUGGAUUAAUAUGAUACGUAAUAUACAAGAUCUUGAAAAAAUAGAUGUACCAUCCUCAUCAUCACCAACAACAUCAACAGUUAAUCAUUUACAAGAACAAAUGAUAACUUUAAAAGAAAAUCUUUCUUCAUUAAAUCAAUUAGUUGAUAAUAUUAAAAAUCUUCCAUCAUCAACAUCAUUACCAAUUGAUUCAUCAACAAUAACUGAUCAAUGUUGUCUACGUACAUAUUGUCAACAUACAUCAAAUCAACGUUUAACAUCGCUGAUUGAUACACCAUCAUCAUCUUGGUCAUCAUUAGAUUUCGAAAAAAGUUCAAUUACAACAUUUAAUCGACAAAUUCCAGGUUUUAUUCGUAAUCCAGUAUCAAAUUUUUUAAUGCCAACAAUACCAACAAUGAAUGAAAAUAUAUCAUCAUCAAUGGUAUCAAUGGAUGAUAAUACAAGUAGUGAUGAUGAACAAUUAAUAACAUCACAAACUGGUUCAAUUGUUGUUAUACGAGAUGAUGAUUUAUGGAUUUAUCCAGUAGGUGUUGAUGUAAAAAAAUCGAAAUCAAAAUUUCAAGAAUAUAAUCGUUCACAAUCAUUAUUUGAUUCAAUGAAUGAAAUAAAUAAUCUAUCUAAUCGAAGAAAAAGUUUUGAUGAUGAAGAUCUUACACGACAUAAUCAAGAAAAAGUUCAAACACAAUUUAAAAAACAUAAGAAAGGAAAAGUUUCAGUAGAAGAAACACCUUGGUUUCCACGUCGAAUUGCUGAUCUAGAUCGAUGUUCAGUAAAAGUUCUUCUAUAUGGUGCUGAUCUUGAUGCAGAUCAUCCAGGUUUUACUGAUCAAGCUUAUCGUGCACGUCGAAUGUAUUUUCAUGAUUUAGCUAUUGAAUAUAAACAUGGAGACCCAAUUCCACGUGUUGAAUAUACGCAAGAAGAAACAGAAACAUGGGGUGUCGUAUUUCGAAAUUUAAAUAAAUUAUAUCCAACACAUGCAUGUAAUGAAUAUUUGGCUAAUUGGCCCUUAUUAAGAGAAAAAUGUGGUUUUAGAGAAGAUAAUAUUCCACAAUUAGAAGAUAUAUCACGUUUUCUUCGAGAACGAACUGGUUUUAGAUUACGUCCUGUUGCAGGUUAUCUAUCACCAAGAGAUUUUUUAUAUGGUUUAGCAUUUCGAGUUUUUCAUUGUACACAAUACAUACGACAUUCAUCAAACCCAUCAUAUACUCCUGAGCCUGAUUGUUGUCAUGAAUUACUCGGUCAUAUUCCACUAUUAGCAGAUCCAAAUUUUGCACAAUUUUCACACGAAAUUGGUCUUGCUGCUAUUGGUGCAUCAGAAGAAGAUAUUAAUCGAUUAGCAACAUGUUAUUUUUUUACAAUUGAAUUUGGUCUAUGUCGUCAAAAUGAGGGUCUUCGUGCAUAUGGUGCUGGUUUACUUUCGUCAUGUUCGGAAUUACAACAUGCAAUAAGUGAUAAAGCGAAAAAAUUAUCAUUUGAUCCUGAAAUUGUCUGUAAAACAACAUGUUUAAUAACAACUUAUCAAGAUCAAUAUUUUGUUUCGGCUAGUUUUGUUGAAGCAAAAGAAAAAAUGAGAGAAUUUGCUUCUACAAUUAAACGUCCAUUUGCUGUUCGUUAUAAUCCAUAUAAUCAAAAUAUUGAAAUUAUUUCAAAUACACAACAUGUUACACAAAUAAUAUCUGAUCUUAAAGGUGAUAUAUGUAUUAUAUUUGAUGCAUUAAAAAAACUUCAAAGUGGUAUUACAACUAAUAUGAAAUAA